ACGGAACAAGCCACUGAGACGCUGACGACGCUCACCGAGACGCCGAGCGUCGAGAUCGGGCGGAGCCAUGUUCGACCAAAACUGGCUUAAGAGGCAUAUGCUGGCGAGCCAAAACAAGGACGCUGGCAGAAAGAAGCCUCCUGACCCCUUCGAUGAGUCGCCAGCUCUCCACGCGAGGCAGGGACUUGGCUCCAAUGUGACUGCAAAGUCCAUUGCAAAGCCGCCCUCUGCCCAGCAACCUGUGAUUCGGAGCUGUCCGGUGUGUGGGAAAGUUUGCCAGCAAGAUGUUCCAAAGUGCUGGGAAUGCCUUCAGAAGGAGACACAGGCGGCACCAAGCAAGACUGGUUCCGAAAGCGGGUCCCAGAUUGGCAGGCAAGACAAGCCGGGUCGAGGUUCACUAGAAGGACUCGGCUCACGGCCGCCUGUGGCCUCGCCAGCACUAGGGCCUACGCCACGGAAGCCGCCGGCGACGCCGCCUAGCAACCCUCCGGAGGUACAAGCUACGCCUGCUUGGCCAACGACAUCGUUCCCAGGACCAAUGGUUGUGCCGUUGGAAGCUGUGGGAGGCCUGGGCUUCCAACAAGGGCGUCAGCUCCGGUACUUUGCCGUGAUGUGCAAAGACGACGUGGAGAUCCGAGCGUCGCCAACUUAUGCAGACGAUGCCCGGGUGGGCCACUUCCUCCAUCCGGGGCAAGUCUUGGUCAUGGACGACCGGCGCAUGGUGAACGGUUCAUCGUUUUUGCAUCUUGCGGAUGGCCGUGGAUGGGUCUUUGAGACCAAGGAUCGCCUCCUGGUCAUGACAGAGGUGCAGGAGUUCGAGCGAGGGCUGUGGCACUACUGUGUGAUUUGUGAGGAUGAUGUAGAGACUCGGAUCUCACCAACGUAUUCCGACGAUGCUCGGACCGGCGUGGUGUUGUUGUCCGGGGAUUGCAUUGCUGUGGAUGAGCGUUGCACCGUGGCAAAUGCUCGGUUCCUGAAGCUCGCUGAUGCUCGUGGCUGGGUCUUUGAGACCAAGGACCGGCUCCUGGUCAUGAGCGAGGUGAGGCCAAAGGCCCAGGAAGCUCGAGAUUUUGCUCGGGGCAUGUGGCACUAUACCGUGGUUUGCGACGAUGACGUUGAAAUUCGCGCAGCACCAACUUAUUCUGAUGAGGCGCGCACAGGACUAACAGUCCAUCCUGGUGAUUGCGUCGCUAUAGAUGAGCGAUGCCGGGUCAAUGCGACAUGGUUCCUUCGCCUCUCAGAUGGAAGAGGUUGGCUCUUCGAGACGAAGGACUCUCGCCGUGUCAUGAUGCAGCUUCAUUGAGUCUUUUUUCGACACAUGAGAUUGGCUUCAACGCCGGAGUUGGCGUCCCAACAGGAUUCAUUUGCAAGCCCAAACAAUUGUUCGAAAUGAAAUGUGUUCGCAGAUCUGAC